AUGAAUAAAAUAUUAUUAUUUAUAUGCCUUAUAUUUUCUUAUAUUAAUUUCACAUAUAGUGCUAUAUAUCAAUGUGAUCCAAGUAUUUCAUGUGGUUGUUCAGCAGUAAUCACUAAUGUUACAUCACGGAUUGUCGGUGGAGAAACAGCAGCUGUUCAUACAUGGGGUUGGAUUAUUUCUCUUCAAAAUUCAGGCAAUCAUACAUGUGGUGCCAGUCUUUUAACAUCUGAAUAUGCUGUAACAGCAGCCAGUUGUGUACAAGAUUAUGUGCAAGAUACGUCUGUAUUAACAAUUCUUGCUGGUACUAACGAUUUAGAUGAUACAUCCACUACAACUAUUCAACAAAGAUCAAUCAUUUCUAUUAUUACGCAUCCCGAUUAUGAUUCAACCACUAUGAUAAAUGAUAUUGCUAUUCUUAAAUUUUCUCCACUUGAUAAAUCAUCAAAUUCUACAAUAGCUUUUAUUUGUUUACCACAGGACGGGAUAGAUCCAUUUCAAAAUGAUACUGCUCUUGUAGCCAUUGGAUGGGGUAAGACAUCGAAAAAUGAUACUGUUCCAUCUAAUUCUCUUCAACAAGUAACAAUUCAAACAUUAUCAUCAACAUCAACUGAAUGUCAACAAGCCGGUUUAGUCAAUUCAUCUGUACAAUUUUGUGCGGGAGUUAUUGGUGGUGGUAAAGAUACAUGUAUUGGUGAUAAUGGUGGUCCAUUAAUGGUUUUUGUUAAUAAUAGUUGGGUAUUAGUAGGAAUAACAGAAAGCCUUUUAGGAUGUGGUGAUGCAGGAUUAUCUGGAUUAUAUACACGAGUGUCCUAUUUCAUUUCUUUCAUUAACUCAAGCAUUAAUAGUCUAGAGACAGAAACAACAUUGGGUUCAACAGAUAUCACAUCAUCAGGUUCAACAGAUGAUUCGACAUUGGGUUCAACAGAUAGCACACCAUCGGGUUCAACAGAUAGCACACCAUCGGGUUCAACAGAUAGCACACCAUCGGGUUCAACAGAUAGCACACCAUCGGGUUCAACAGAUAGCACACCAUCGGGUUCAACAGAUAACACACCAUCGGUUUCAACAGAGAGCACACCAUCGGGUUCAAUAGGUAACACAUCAUCGGGUUCAACAGAAGGCGCAACAUCAGCUUCAACAAUGGCAACAACAGUAGUAACAACAACGGUUUCAUUAGCUACAUCGACAAGUCAACAGACAACUAGCCCAGGAAAUAAUGGAAAUAUGAUAAAUACAUCAAUAACAUUUGUGAUACUUUGGUUUUCAUUUUUCGCAUAUUUCUUGUUUUCUUAUUGA